GCAAAGGGGUGAGAGCCUUUUCAGUUUUAUUUUAGAUUGUUAUUUUCCAGAAAUGUCAAAAAAAUAGGCUAGUAGCUAUUGAUGACUUGGUCAAAAGUACGGAAAACCAGCAAAACAGAUAAGCUAAACACAUAAGACUGAGUAGAUACUGUUGGAUAUUUCCUUUGGGAAAAUAGUCAAAUAAUUUAAGAGCCUUCUUUUUGAAAUUGUAAAGGCAAAUCAACUAAAGUGUGGCUGCUGUGCCUUGUGUGGAGCUGAGACAUCACAAUGCCAAGUAAAGCACAAGAGGUAAGUCAAUGAGCAAGUUGGAAUGUUUGUAGAGAAAAGCAAAGUAGCAGGAAAUGCACUGUACUGUGUAAUGUGGUUUAGACAUUAUGCAUGUAUAAUGCUUUUGUAAAAAGCCAUGAGCUAUUACAAGUGCUUUAUAGUCUCAUAAUGCACAAUGUGUAAUAUAAAUAUUUAUUAAGUAAUAUUCUACUUGGAAAUGUGUUUCUUUUCUCCAGGUCACUAGUAAUCUUCAUUAAAGUUGUUAGAUGCAGUUUACCAGCACACUUCGUUUUAUUACGUGCGACAGGUUCAGGUUCAUCAUUGCAUUCUUUACCAGUAGGCCGACCCUCUUUGAAGUAACUUACUGUAGAUCAAUUCAUUGCUCUCUUUAUAUACUGAACAAAAAUAUAAACGCAACAUGCAACAAUUUCAAAGAUUUUACUUAGUUACAGUUAGUUCAUAUAAGGACAUCAGAAAUACAUGAAUUAGGCCCUAAUCUAUAGAUUUAGCAUGACUGGGAACAUAUAUAUGCAUCUUUUGGUCACAGAUACCUUAAAAAAGAAUAGUAGUGGUAUGGAUCAGAAAACAAGUCAUUAUCUGGUGUGACCACCAUUUGCCUUAUGUAGCGCAACACAUCUCCUUCGCAUAGAGUUGAUUAGGCUGUUGAUUGUGGCCUUUGGAAUGUUGUCCCACUCCUCUUCAAUGGCUGUGCAAAGUUGCUGGAUAUUGAUGGGAACUGGAACACGUUGAUCCAGAGCUCAACGGGUGAAAUGUCUGGAGAGUAUGCAGGCCAUGGAUGAACUGGAACAUUUUCAGCUUCCAGGAAUUGUGUACAGAUCCUUACAACAUGGGGCCGUGCAUUAUCAUGCUGAAACAUGAGGUGAUGGCAAUGGAUGAAUGGCACGACAAAUGGGCCUCAGGAUCUCGUCACUGUAUCUCUGUGCAUUCAAAUUGCCAUCGAUAAAAUGCAAUUGUGUUCAUUGUCCGUAGCUUAUGCCUGCCCAUACCAUAACCCCACCGCCACCACGGGGCACUCUGUUCACAACGUUGACAUCAGCAACCGCUCGCCCACAUGACUCAAUUCACAUUAUCUGUGGUUGUGAGGCCAUGUGGACGUACUGCAAAAGUCUUUAAAAUAUGGUAGAGAAAUUAACAUUACAUUCUCUGGCAAGAAAUCUAGUGGACAUUCCUGCAGUCAGCCUGCUAAUUGCAUGCUCCCUCAAAACUUGACAGAUCUUUGGCAUUGUGUUGUGUGACAAAACUGCAUAUUUUAGAGUGGCCUUUUAUUGUCCCCAGCACAAGGUGCACCUGUGUAAUGAUCAUGCUGUUUAAUCAGCUUCUUGAUAUGCCACAGCUGUCAGGUGGAUGGAUUAUAUUGGCAAAGGAGAAAUGCUCACUAACUGGGAUGUGUAAAAAAGUUGAGAGAAAUAAGCUUUUUGUGCAUAUUUCAGCUCAUGAAACAUGGGACCAACACUUUACAUGUUGCGUAACAUUUUUGUUUAGUGUAUUUAUAAAGCUCUUUUACAAAAACUCCCGCCGACCUAACAUCAUUAUUAACCGAGUUACCAUACCCGGUCUCAGUAAUGGCUAACUCUGGAAAUCCCUUCGGUCUCCUCAGAGUUAGGUAAAUCAGCUUUUAGUUUCUUUGCAGCCCAUGUAUGGAACAAUCUACAGAGUUCCCUACAACUGGAUGUAUUGGUGCCUUUCUGGCAGGUAAAAAUUAUGAAUGGGGACCUCUUUGCUGAGGAAUGUGAUAGUUUUUUAAUUUUGUAUAUUUGUCAUAUUUUGUAAAUUGUGUGCAUGCAGGACUCCCUUUUGACAGGGAUCCCUCAAUGGGACUCCCUGUUCAAACAAAGGUAAAUAAUCACAAAUGUAGCCUCUAAUUGUUUUUUGUCUUCUGGCACACCUUAGCAAAACCUUUUGCAACAAAAAACAACCGUUAGGACAAUUUUAGAUUUCGGUCUCUCAAUUUCAGUCCGCCUCCUUCCGUUUUGAACCUAUUGAACAACACAACUCUGGUGUGUUUUCUAGGAUGCUGUCAUCAACCUGAAGUCUGUCCAGGAGAUUUCCAGGGAGCUGGGGUUUGAGUGGACUGUUCUGGCCUACGAGCUGGGCUUCUCCAGGACUGAGGUCCAUCAGUUCCAUACCACAUCCACAGAGAAGAGGGUCCAGGCCAGAAGCAUGCUAGAGUGCUGGUGUGUGAAUGGCCCCGUUUGAACAGCUUUCCAAUGCAUCCUUCUUUCCUCGUCCUUGAUAUAAUCACAGAUCUAAGAUGACUGGAUUGGUUGCGUUGACCUAUCCAUAUUACAUACAGAUCAGUGACUAGGAAAGGAAAGGUUAAGGGGAUGUAUUUUCAGAGUGUUUGAACAGGGCCACUGUCAUGGAAUGAUUACCUAAUGUAAUGUGGAAGAAAUGUUUUGUAAAGAACUGACAUAAAUCUUUAUUCUACAUGUCAGAGGGGCAUUGUCUUUGUUCUUCAAACAGGUACUACCAUAAUAUGUUUAUAUCCUAAUGUGCCCUGCUGAUCUCAGCCUGUGUGUGUGUGUGUGUGUGUGUGUGUGUGUGUGUGUGUGUGUGUGUGUGUGUGUGUGUGUGUGUGUGUAUGUAAGAGAGACAAAGACAGAGACAGAGAGACAGAUGAUUACUGAUCAUUCUUGUGCUGUUAACACCUGAUUGGAUUUAUUCUGUAAAACAGAUGUAUUAAAUGUUCAACAGCAUAGAUACUAACAUCACAAGAGCAACACUUGAAAUGUACAUAGUCAUUACAUUCAUUGAUAUAAUAAUAAUUUCCAAUGCAGAGACAUAAUGUUAAACUCUCUUCCCCUCGCUAUAUUCCUAAUUUCCCUAUCCAUCUAUCCCCUUCUCUCUCCCUCCCAUCCCUGUAUCUCCCUCCCAUCCCAGGUAUGAGAGAUCUUGGGACAAGUCCAACAAGACUAAGUUGCUGCAGGACGGUAUGGAGCGUGCCGGGCGUCGCGACCUGGCUGAGAGGCUGCGCUGCCUCCACUGGGGCCACCAGAAGCUGAGCCACAGGGUGGAGCUGCCGUCCGCCUUCCCCUUCCUCAUCACUGUCCACAGGACCAUCGAGAACCGUGAGGGCCUCCGCAGGAUCAAUGACCUCAGCCGCAGAUUCACCUGAGGCAUGAGAAAAAUAUGCCUAGAUACACCUGAAAACACAUGGACACACAGAUAUACACAUACUGGAUUUCAGUGCAUCUUCUUUUUUGAAAACAACACUGCACUGUCACUACAUACAAUAAAAUACAUUAAAACAUGUGAAAUAAAAUGUACAAAAC